AACUCUGGUCGGCUUUUAGUCAACGUCGCCGUCGCUAAUCAAACGGCCGAAACCAAACAACACUUGGUCAUGUCGUUGUCUGUGGCAAACCGUCGUCGCUACCAGACGACGACAACAACAACGUCGACUGCAACAACAACAACAGCGACGCAUUCAAUACUUAACGUGCGCAAGCAACAUUCCCUCAUCGAGCCGGCCAGCAAAUAUUCGGCUCAGCAGCGUGGUUAUCUGUCGCGUGGUUUGUCCGUCGGCCGUUCCAUCGAGAGCAUUCGCCAGAAGCUGUAUCCCGCCCCAACGGUGGGUCGACAGUCAUCACUGGCCAUUGAUGACUCCGCAUCUAAAAUAGAAGGUCGACUUACGACGGAUCCCAGCGUGCGCUUAAGGGAUGCAAAUCUGGUCGCCUGGUCAUCCACAUCCUCGCUGUUGAAGGCGCCCGACAACGGAAAUGUCUCCCGGUUGCAGGCAGAGCAGAAGGAGACACAAAUAAAGACCGACAACGCAAAGGCGGACAAGAAUCGUAUCAAUUUGAACAUUGUGCUCGCCCAGACGAUACGUGCCACCAACGAACAGGAGACACUCCAAAGCGACACCGAGUGCAGUGAGUUGUCCAAGGAACAAUCAUCCAGUACACCAACAACAGCGACGUCUCCUGUCCUUGCCAGCACUGAGGACAACGUCUCAUCUGCUUUGACAGUUCAGCGGCGUCCGCCUUUGGUGCGUGCUAUGUCCGCUCCGGUGCGUCUGGACGAGAGCAGCAAGAGUGUCAUUGGUGCGGCCAACAAGCGUAAUCAGCAGAAGCUGCGGCGUCGCAAGAUCUUCACCCGUGCCUCCUCCUCGGUGGCCGUGCCCCCUGAUGCCGGCAGCCCCCUGCUGAGCGCCGACGCCAACGGCUCCACUAAGAAACAGCUCAGUCGGGCACGCAGCGUCAUUGCUCCGGAUGUCAUCACUUUGGUCUCGCUCCUAAGCUCCGAGGGCAGCGACUCGGAGCGUGAGGAAACCUCCUCCGCCUCCGCGCCCACGGGCAGCGAGAAGCAGUCGACGCCGACUGCGCAGCGCAGUCCGCAGCGAAGGGCGCCGCUGCUGCGUAAAACGGGCAAAUCGGUCUCGUUUCAAGACAGCUAUCCGCCCACGUUUCAACUGGCCUCCAAGGAGUAUUCGCACAUGAUCCGGCGUGGAUCCAUUGCACCGCUGGCAGCGAGAAUUCGAGCUAAUCGACCACCAACGGCACCGCCCGUUUCUAUUUUCCUCAGCGAGCCUGGAACAAAGCCAGGUAUGCAGAUGGAAUCACGGCAACGUCAGACAGCUCCGGUGGAGGCAGACACUCCGAAUUUGCCCUCGGAUGAGGCCAAGAAGGAGAACAAUGCAGCCAACUGCAAUGUGCAACAGCAGCAGCAGCAGGACUACAACUUCCCAUUGUAUGUGUGCAGCAUUAAGGAGCGCGAAUGCUGGAAGCUGCAUCAGAAGAUGUCCGCCAAAGGAGUCAGUGUUAGCUAUGAGACCGUGUUGCGUGGCAUGUUGACUCCAACGGAAUUCCGGCACUUUCAAAAGCAGCGUGAGCAUGAGGAGGCCAAGGCUCAGGAGGCUGCGGAUGCCGAGGCAGAGGCUGCUCUGGCGGCAGGAAAAGAUUCCUCCAAGAAGACGCCAACAACGGCCAUCGAACGCCUGUCCGAGUCCUUGCUGCAAAGCAAGUGAGCUCAAGGCGCAAGAGGAUGCGGAAGAGGACCAAGUUAUGCAUUUGCCCCUAGCCUAAACCAAAUGGAAUCCAAACGCAAUCCAUGUCUCUAUUUUGUAGUCGUAGUUUGCACUCGUUAAACGGCAAUGCACCAAGCUGAGGCACAACGUCGAAAUGCAUCCUUCGUAAUUGUAGUCUUAUUUGUAGGUGUACUUGUAGUUGUAGUUGUUGGCAGUGGCAUCUAUCUAAGCUUAAGGACGUUGUGCUGGCCAAUUGCAACUGAAACUAGCUGAGAGCAAAAUAAACUGUAGACACAAAACAAA